AAAAAGGGCUGGUGUUGGCAGGGCCCCUCCAGCACGGUGGGGUCGGUGCCAGCCGGGCUCGGAGCGCUGACCGGGCGGGCCCGGCCGCCCCCGCGGCCCUGCCCGGCCCCGCCGCGGGCCCGCCCGGCGCACCGGGCGCAUGGAGCGGGCCGGGGACGGCGCGAUGGCGGCGGCGCUGAGGGCGGCCAAGCGGCAGCUGCGGGGGGAGCUGCGGCAGCGCUUGCGGGCGCUCGGCGCGGCCGAGAAGCAGCGCCAGUCCCGCCUGCUCGGGCGCAAGGUGAUUGCUCAUCCCAAGUACCAAGAAUCCAAAAGAAUUGCAAUCUUCCUGAGCAUGCCAGAUGAAGUCCAGACAGAAGAAAUCAUUAAAGACAUUUUUAAGCAAGGCAAGGAGUGUUUCAUACCCCGUUACAAACCUCAGAGCAAUCACAUGGACAUGCUGAAGUUAUCAUCAGCUGAAGACAUUUCUUCACUUGCUUUGACAUCCUGGAAUAUUCUUCAGCCCAGUGAUGAUGACACUGCAAGAGAGGAAGCUCUUGCUGGUGGAGGUCUUGACCUUAUCUUCAUGCCAGGCCUUGGGUUUGACAAAAAAGGCAACAGAUUGGGAAGAGGGAAAGGAUAUUAUGAUACCUAUCUUGAAAGAUGUAUGAAACAUCCCCGUGGAAAGCCUUACACGAUUGCUUUGGCUUUUAGAGAACAGAUUUGUGAAUCAGUGCCUGUGACAGAAAACGAUGUUCCAAUAGAUGAAAUCCUUUAUGAAGACUGCUGAAAGUGAUACCAGCCCACCUCCAGAGCAAACAACCAAAGGUGUCAUAUCCAUCAAUCACGUUUUUUUAAAUUGUCAUAUAUGACUUUGGGACCAAUAAAAUACAUUAUUUGUGUUUGGGGACAAAAACCUCUAAAACCAGUGUAACUCUGAUGAUAGUUGUGAGGAUUAUGUUGAUUUGCUUCUAAUUAGCAAAUGUCUGGUGUGAAUCCUUAUUCUAGAAUCAAAACAAACAAGAAUGGGUGACUGUUUAUUACAGUAAAGGACCAUUGCUUCUCGUAAUAUUUUUGAGGUACAAGCUCUUUGAUACUUAGCAGUUUCAUAGUUCUAGUUUAAAAGUGAACUGUCUAUUAAUGACAGUUCUUGAUCCAUUCUAGAAUAAGAUACUUGUAAUGGCAAAAGUUCUUAGUACUUAAAUAUUGUGUUCACCCAUGGGCAAAACAAGAAAUUUAUGGAGACGUCUUAGAGUAAGCUGGGAAAAAAUGGUAAUGGGAAAAAAGCCUUACUUAAUUUUAGUGUAUGCAGUAAUUUUUACUGUUUACUUGGCUCCUUGCAGUUGUCUUAAAAUAAAGGGAGUACCUGUUAAUAAAAAAAAGUUAAUGUCCAGAACUUUGGUAUGUUCUUUCCUUUAUCUGAAUACAAGAUUGUAAUGUGGUCUAAAAUGGGGCCAAGAAGUUCACUAUCUGGAGCCAGCUCUUUUCUGAUAAAAUGAUAUUCAAAGUUACUUGAAGUUCUCUAAUUUUGUACAUAAGCCAUUCAUAAUGUCCCAAAAUACUGUGUGGUGCUAUGUUAAAAAAGGAGAGAUGCUGAGAAUUGCAGAGAGCAGGUUUUAUGGAUGGAAUAAAUUUUUGUGUGGAAGGCUGGUUGUUCUCUGCUUCUCCAGACAAUCAUGGAAGUCCAGCAGAAGAAAGUGAGUUUCCUCUGCACACUGUCCUUGUAGUAUAAGAACACAGUAUUUCCAGUCAGGAUCAAUCAAACUGUCAGAAUUUUGGUUCCUUCUUCUAUGCUACUUCGUAUUUUCUGUGCAUGUUUAACUCUUCCCUUGAUCAAUAAAUCAGUGUGUUUAUUUUCACCAAA